AUGGAGCAGUCAAAUAAUGAAUUUAGACCUAAUGUACUAGAUGCUUUAAAUCCUCAGAAGUUUACUUCUCAAAUACCGGUACCUUCGCAAGACAGAAGGCGAAACACUACCAAUAUGGGUCUAACGGACAUAAUAAAUAAAAGCAUCGAGAGGAAUUCUAUCGCGAGUUCAAAAAAACGACACAGAUCUACAGUGGCUGGGGAGGAGCCUUCGAUGAAUUCCAGAUUGUCACAGCGAUAUUCAUCGCUCCCCCACACGAACAACAUUAAUACCAGUUUUUUGACCAAUGCUGGCAGCAAUAUGACGAGGAAUGGGCCAUCCAAUCGAGAUCCACGACCCUUAAGAGACAAGAACUUCCAAAAUGCCAUACAACAAGAGAUUUUUGACUACCUGAGUCAGAAUAAGUUUGAUAUCGAAAUGAGCCAUCCGAUUUCGCUGAAGUUUUUGAAACUACCCACGCAGAAGGGAUUCACUUUGAUCUUCAAAUGGCUUUAUUUAAGGCUUGACCCAGGAUAUGGCUUCACAAAGUCGAUCGAACACGAAGUGUACCAAAUUUUGAAAAAUCUACAGUAUCCAUAUCUAGAGAGCAUCAAUAAAUCUCAGAUCUCGGCCGUGGGUGGCUCUAGCUGGCCGAGGUUUUUGGGGAUGCUUCAUUGGCUUGUGCAAUUGAAUUUGAAGCUUGAUGCUUCAUUAAAUGAGCUAGACCAUAAUAUAAUGAAUGAAAAUACCCAGGAGAUGACGAUAUUAAACCAUCCACUCACGACCUUGGAUGAGCAGGAUCAAAAGCAGGAAAAAUACGAACUAAUGGUGGAGAAACUCUUCAUCGAUUACGUUAUGGAAUCGUACAAAAGUUUUCUAAGACUUGAAGAUAAUUAUGAGCCUUACAUGAAAGAACUGGAAGCUGGCUUCAUGAAGUUCAUUCACAUCAUAGGCACGGAUAUUGAUAGAAUGGGGACUAGGAACGAUGAAAUUUUAUUAAAAUGUCAGGAAAUGGCUAAGAGGAGCAAAGAUCUCGCCAUGGCUACUCAGAAAUGCAAGGCAUUAAAGAAUGAUUUGGCCAAAUUUCAAAAUUAUGUCAAUUCCGUGCAACACAAGAGUCAUGAAUGGCCCAAGAAAUUGGAGAGAAUGAAAUUGGAAUCCGAGCAUAAGAGACAAGAAAUAUCGAAUCUGGAGGAUGAGGUGAAAACUCUACAGAAGUCCUUAAAGACGAGAGGAGUCUCCAUCGAAGUAAUUGACGAGAAGAGUAACAGAAGAGAACAAAUAGUUCAAGAUCUGGAGGUCAUCAAUAAGCAUCUAGAUAAAUUAGCCGCGGCGCUAAAAUCGGAUAAGCUAGGAAGAGAUAAUGUCGUGAAAAAUAUGAUGGAUGCAAUACGACAGUACAAUUCUGCUAUCGAUAACCUUUUUGACCUCCGGGCGAAACUCGGCGACAAUUUAGAUUUGUCAUAUUUCAAAGUCAGCAUAUCUGAAGAUGGGCUGCUCGAUAAAACUGAUGCGAUUGCCUAUGAAGAUCUCAUGCCAUCCAAACAAAGCAUAAAGAAUAAUAUCAGGCAAGCACUCUUGAAUCUUUAUGAGAACAUUCAAGUCAAUAUCGAGAAAUGUCAGAAAGAGAAUGCCUCUAUCGAGGCAGAGCUCGCAACUCUGCAAAGUGAGAUACACGAGAAGACAAAUCUCAUCGAACAGCGCGAAUUAUUACUCUCCGAUGCAAAGUCAAUCUAUGAGUUGAAAAUGCAAGAAAGUGAAAGUGACUUGCUUUCGCAGAAGAUCGAAAUUGAAAGGCUGGAGAAAAAAAUCAGCGAUUUCAAUAGACUGGCGCAGGAAAAAAUAUCCGACGCUGAGCAGCUUGUUCAAGCGACAAAGCUGAAGCAUGAAGAACUGCUUCUGGAUCUGAACCGAAGAAAAGCCCUCUUGCAUGCCCAAAUUAUCGAAAUUAUAGAAUAUGCCAGUAACUUUAAGAUAAACAUUCAAACAGCUUUAGAAAAAACUGAGAACAGGAUAACACAAGAGCUAGAGUUACUAUGA